GAAACUUGUCAAGGAAGUGGUGGGCGUUCCUCGCUGUUAGUUCGUUGACGCUGAGAAGAAUUUUUCUCCUCCACGACAAGGUCCCCCGAUGUUUCUUCCCACACUCGUGGAGGACAUGCAUCACUUCAAGCCAAGUCGAGAAAGAUUGUACACCACCCGGUGUUGUGGAUGUUGCCACGUCCGCACGGGAACCAUCAUCCUGGGAACAUGGUACAUGGUGGUCAAUCUGUUGAUGGGCAUCCUGCUGACUGUAGCUGUGACCCACCCGGAGAACGUACCCACUAUUGACUUGCAGUAUGAGGUCAUCGACCAUUACUUUGCCUCCGACAGGAUGUCUGAGAAUGCCUGUGUUGGAUUCGCCAUCUCUCUGCUGAUGCUCACUAUCAGUGCCAUGAUGGUGUACGGAGCCAUCACUCAUCGUGACGGCUGGCUCAUCCCGUUUUUCUGCUAUCAGCUGUUUGACUUUGCUCUGAGCUGCCUGGUGGCCAUCAGUUCUCUGACCUACCUACCCAGGAUCAAGGACUACCUGGACCAGCUGCCGGAUUUCCCGUACAAGGAUAACCUCCUCUCUCUGGACUCCAGCUGCCUGCUGCUCUUUGUUCUGGUCUUCUUCGCCUUCCUCCUCAUCCUCAAGUCUUACCUGAUCAACUGUGUGUGGAACUGCUACAAGUACAUCAACAACAGGAACAUGCCCGAGAUUGCUGUCUACCCGGCCUUUGAGACCCCCCCUCAGUACAUCCUGCCCACUUAUGAGAUGGCAAUGAAGAUGCCAGAAAAGGAAGCCCCGCCCCCUUACAUGCCUGCCUAAGCACCAGCCCUGUUGCCAAAAAACACACACACACACACACACACACACACCACCAUAUGCAUUCCUAUUUUACCUCACUAACCUUUUCUGAACAGCCCACGACUGUGUAUGUGUAUGGCCAACGACAACUCUACCCUCAGUAUUUGCACAGCGCGUCUAUAGAGCAUCCAGAUGUGUGAGAGGAGGGAAGGUGGGACGGACUGAAAUCUGUGUGAAAUAAAUGAAUGAAUGUGAUGUUUGAAAAGCAACGCAAGUUACCAGCCUACCCUCCCACCCCUCUGCCUUUUUAUGUCCUCGUAAAAAGGAUACAUGUGAAGUUAAACUGCUUGAAAUGCUAUCAUCAACCCAGCACCAUCAUGUCUAUAGAUAUAGAUAUAUGAAGUGUAAAAAAAAUAUAUGACAAUCCUUAUUCGUAUAGCUCUUAUUGUUGAAUUGUGUUAAUUUCCUCCCCAAGUAUUAAGCUCUAGGCUAUUCCAACGCAGUCUUGAACAUAGUCCGUAGCACUUUUCAGUCUAUUUAUUUUCUUUGCUGUGGUUCAGUUCACCCUCGACAUUUGUGCUGCUCUGAGGUUCUCAGACAGACCACAGGCGUUGAUGAUGGAUCACUUUGCCCGCUUCUUUUUCGCCCAACGUGUGGGGUGAGCCGCUAGUCGUGUGUACUUUAGUAGUUGCAUGCUUCUCAACAACCUUUCCAUUACUUUUCUGGCUAUAUGAUUUUUAUCCUAGUGGAAAAAACAUUUGACUUCAAUAAACUAUUCAGAACAUUUAUAUCUCUUACUCUUUUAUUCAUGCCAAGUACAGUGUGCUGAAGUAGGUCUCAUCUCAAAGACGCCCUUAGUGACCAUCGCACCAGCAGCAAGUUGCGUCUUGUCAGAACGUUUGUUUUGAAUUUGGUUUUAAUAAAUUCGAUUGUUUUCCC